AUGUCAAAUAAAAGAAACGUUGAUCAAUUUUUAAUAUCACUAAACAACCUGUCUAAAUCUUUAGAACUGAGUCAUUUCAAUUUUGAAAUUGACUUAUUUAAUGAAUCGUUUACAGAAAUUACUAAAAUUAAUGAAAAAAUUAACCAUAUUAAAACAAUAGAAGAAAAAGAUAAAGCCAUUCUUGAUACUCAUUUAUUAGUUGCAAGUACUUUUGGAUCAUUUGUAAAACAAUUCAAAGAAAUAAUUGCUAAAGACAAAUCAAAUUUACAAAAAGUUAUGACUGUCGUAAAAGGGAAAAAGGUAUUAGAAAGAAGUGAAUAUUACAAUCAAGGAAGAAAGUCAUUUGAAAGAGUAAGGUUUUUAUUAAAACAAUUAUCAUUUCUUGAAAUAACUAAAAAUUUUAUUGUUGAUAAAAUUAGUUCUUAUUCCCCUAAACCUAUCGAUAAAAAUGUUUCUAUAGAAAAACAAAAAGAGCUUCGUUCUAUGAUUUAUUUGUUAUUUAGUGUUGCAAAUGAAUUAAUGAAGUUUAACGAAAACAAUUUCAAAAUCGUUGGAAAACAUGUUGAUUUUACUGUUAUUUGUAAUAAAGAAGUACUAAAAAAAUAUAUUAAAGAAAAAAGGUUAGUUACAAAUGAAUUUAUUUUAAAUGAAACAGUGUCACAGAAAUUAGAAAAAGAAAGUAUAAAAGAAGAAAUCUCUAAUUUGUCUAGAAUAAAUGGAUGUGGGUUUCUUGGAUAUUCUUUUGAUUCCAUUGUUAAUGCAUUUGAACAAGAAAUAAGGAAUACAUUACCUUAUGGUUUUAGUUUUUCAUUUAAUAAAGAAAAUAAUAAAGAAGAGUAUCGGGCAGAAUUAGAAGCAAGUCAACUUGUUAAUGGGACAAUACCACCUAUAGAACUAACACAAUUCAAUAAUUUUAAACAAUUUAAAAAAUCGUUUGUGCUUCAAAAAGUUAAUAGUCUUACAUUCCAAUAUGAUGGUAAAGGCGAAGGAUCUUCAUUAUUUGGACUAAAACCAUUUGAUAUUGAAAUUACUAUCACUGUUAUUCAAAAAGAAUUUAAGUUAAUUGGAAUCUUAUCUCAUAAUUUUUUAGAGAGAAGUACCCCAUACGAAAUAAAUACUAUUGGCAUAAGUGGUUUAUCAGUACUUCCAAAAAAGAUUAAGUCUGAUCAUGUAAUUCCUUUAAAUUCAUGCAAUAGUAACAUUGAUUCUGUUAUGAGAAUACAACCUGAGAUGGACAUUCGAUUAAUUGCUUUUAAGGAAUUUUUAUCUUAUGAAAGAAUUGGGGACACUUUGUAUUAUUCACUGACAAUGCCAUCAAAGUUUCAAGGAAGGAAUAUUACUCUUAUCAUAGAAGAUUAUCUGGGUGAAAAAAGUGAAUUAGAAUUAAAAUUGGAAGAUCGUAUGGUUUAUGUGUAUGAUGGAUUGAAAUUUUAUUUCGAGGAUAAUGGUUGGGCCAAAAAAUUUGUGAUUUCCGUUAGUUUGUUUGAUAUAGAUGCUGGUCCUAAUAACUAA